GCAUACAAUAUACGAACGAACUAUGGAUUUCAAAAUGGCGCGAAAAUAGAAAUUAACCAAGUUGCCUAUUUUUGUCAUCAAGUCUUGGAAGAUGGUUGCUGAUAAAAUGUCAAAAAUAAAGAGGAAAUUAUCAGAUCAAGAAGAUAAAAAAUCAGGGAAGAAAAGAAAGAGUUCAGAAAAUGAAGAGAAAUACUACAAAGAUGUUGUAUUCUGUCAGGUUUUGAAGAAAGCAGGACUAACAUUAAAAACAGGGAAGACCCAGAACGUUUUAGAUUGUGAUCAGGCUGCAUUCCAGAGGAAUCUUCAGAUAGCAUUGAAGAGACACGAUAACUUUCCGUCGGUUCUAGAUGAAUUUGUCGAAGGCUUUCAAGAAUACAUUGAAGACCAGCAUAGACUUCACUACUGCCUACUUCCAACUGUGACAUCAAAAAAAUGUGAAAGUGCUAGAUGCAGUUCUCAAGACAGUGUGGUGAGGUUGUUGAUUGGAAUAGACAUUCUACAGUCAAAAAUGAUGAUGUGCCUUCUUGAGAAGUUAGCAGAGUUCAUGGAGAAUGAAGAUUGUAUUGUGGAGCACGGCGAGAAGGUGAAUCUCCCCAAGUUACUGAUGAGUCAGUUUCGAUGGCUAGACAGAAUUCUGGACAGUAAGGAAUUGGCGGAUAAGAUGCUGGAGAUGAUCACGAUCGUGUCUGUCGACAUCCAGAGGGAGAUAAUUUCCUGUCUACCAGAAGUGGUAGAGGACUCAGAACAUAGCCAUGUUGCAACUUCACUCAGGGACUUACUAAUGGAGAAUAGCAGUCUCACGGUACCCAUACUAGAUGCAUUCUCUAACCUCAAUCUGAAUCCAGAACUGAUGGCUGAGGUUCGGGGAUCCGUGCUGCAGACUUUGGCGUCAGUGGACUUGGAGAAUUUACCUGUGGUUGUCAGAUUUCUUCUUCAGUCGGUCACCGUAGCAGAUGCUCUGGAGGUUGUCAGUGAGAUCCGACAAAAUUUGGAUUUUGCUCCUAGCUUUCCCUCAGCCACAUCAACCCCAAGGAAUGAGAGGAGACAGUUGUCAGGUGAUGAAACACGAGGAGUAGAAUCGUUAACGCUGGACGCCAUUAAAUCCGGGAUCAGGUUCCAGAAGAGCGUUGCUGAGGCGUGGAUUAAGGCUAUAGAUGCCGUCAAGCAGCCGGCCGAUCACAAAGUGAUAGACCUGUUUAUAUUGCUGAUUCUGUAUUCAACUGAUCGUAAGAAACCCGUGGAGAGCCUCACCAGAAAUAAGAUCCGGUCAGGGGCUUUCACUGAGGUCCUGCUGCAGGAGGCCUUCAGAGAGAGGGCGCAGGUGAUGAGGGACUACUUCCCUGCCAUUCUGUCUCUGGCUGAGGUCCUGCUUCGUUCUCCAGAACCAGCCAUCACAUUCUUCGCUGCUUCCAUGUACAAGAAUGGAUUUGUAGCUUUUGACACAUAUUGUCAGCAGGAGAUAGUGGGAAACCUGGUGACACACUUUGGCAGUGGGUUUGAGGGGGAGACAGAUUCCUCCCUGGAUAUUCUGUAUCAGCUGGUGGAUAAACAUCUCGACAAAAUGGCUCCUUUUGCGAUCUUUGUGAAGGUGGUUUUAGAUUACCUGGAUAAUCUAGGUGUUCCUCAGAUCAGGAAGUUGUACUCCCUACUGAGUACGCUGGCAUUCAGAAGUUCCCAGGGAGGGAAUAUGAUACAGGAUGACCUUCACAUCAUAAUCAGGAAACAGCUGUCUAAUGACAACCCUAAGUACAAGAGAAUGGGUAUUAUUGGAGCUGUCAUGGUGGUAAAAAGCAUUGCAUACAAUCAAAAUGGAGAUGGUGACCCUAGCCAGGCCUCAUCAGGUCCCCUGACAGAGAGCCUGUAUAAACAGGUUAUAAACUUGUUACAACUAGUGAGAACCAGCAGCAGCCGGAUGUCAGAGGGGGCAGCUCUCUUCAUGGACGAAUUGGCAAAUGUCGUGGGCAAAGGUCAUUUGGAUAUGAAAGUAGAGGAGUGGAUCACGGAGAAUGUGACUACAGAUUUUCAGGAUCAUUACGUGGUGGACAUGGACGAGACAGCAUCAGAUAGUAUGGUGCCACAGGAAAUAAAGUUUGGUUUGGAUGAUGACAGUGAAGUAGCGAUAGGCAUCCCUCUUGUGGCUCUCACUGAAAAGUCUGUAAAAGACAAGAAGAAAAUGCAGACCCAAAAAUCAGGGGAUAGCCUGGAUCCCAUUUGUUUGUCCCCACAUUUUCGAUUGCUUCGCAUGUGUGAACAACGACAGAAUCGAAACCUCGACAACAUCGAUGCCCUUCUUGGAUGCCCAAUCUUUUUACCAAAGUCGGAAGUGAUGGACAAAAUGGAGUCUCUCUCCAUGAAGGAGAAGGACGUUAUCUGCACUUCGCUAUUUCACGCCCUGAACUGGUUUCGGGAAGUUGUGAAUGCAUUUGCCACCCAAAUUGACCCAGAAAUGAAAGGCAAAGUCAUCACUCGACUUCACAACAUCACAGAAGUGUCCAAAACACUGGAGCAAUGCUUAUCAGUCCACCCGCAGUUUAGGCCUCCGCCCGCGACCUUUGACUGGUACGAGAAUCCAGUGCUGAGUGUUCCAGUCAAUACGAACACAGAUGGCAAAAAGAAGGGUAGAAAACCUGUUAAAAAAAAGAAAGGGGACAAAGAAAAUACGAGAGUGGACGACAGCGAUGAAAACAGCAAAGAUUCCUCGCAAUUGGACACACAGAACGAAUCGCAGAUUCCAGAAAAAUCAGACACUUCUGAAAGACCAUGUGUGGAUAUGGCAAACUAUAGACCAUUUUUCAGGGAGUUGGACAUCAGUGUUUUCACCAUCUUACACACUGGUAUGAUUACAAAGUCUUCGCUGGAUACAGAGCUCAACACAAAGGCGACGACUGAACUCCGUAUACAGCCGCCUCAGUUGGAAUUUCUUCUGGAGGACUUUACGAGGAAACUCUCUCACGCGAUGAUUUCUUCCACAUCAAAACGCAAGUCUUUCCUCAAGAGUAAAUCCGACAAGAAUGUGGGAUUUUCUCAUCUGGACCAGUGCACGCCGAAGUUUAUUGUGAAGAAAGUCGUGAAACUGUUGCCAGCUUUAUGUGAACAUUUGGAGAGUUCUAGUGGGUUCUUCCAGACGCUGAUUGUUGAGAACGAUGGUUUGAUUGACGGACCAGGAAGCAACUCUGCGGAGGCACAAACUGUCGGGUCCUGUUUUCACCUUCUCCUACAAUCUCUGCAGACCAUAUUUGCAUGGAAUGGAUUUUUGAUGGUGGAAAAUAAAUCCUUGUUAAAGGAAGGCUUAAUGACUCUGGUGUCCAGGAUCAAAACAGUGGGGUCCACUCAGCUGAGUUUCCAGGAGGUUCUAAAAUCAUCAUUUCAGUACAUAGAAAACUUUGCAGGAACAGUCCCCAAACUUGGCACUGGGGUAAUGCUGAUUAAAUUAAUGUUGACUCUAGCUGAGAAGUCCGAUUCCAAUGACACUUGUGUAAAAACGGCCACUGUUGCACAGACCUUCCUGAAGAGGGAAUGGUUGGAUGCUGAGGGACAGAGAGAAAAAGGAGCCAAACAUAAUGAGAAUUUGCAGUUUUUACUCAAAACCUAUUUGUGUCAUUGUGAGGAUUUCCUGGGGGCGGCUGAGGAAAUCACUACAAAGGGUGUUCCUGACCUUCUGGAGGGAGACAAAAAUGGGUUUUCUGAGGCUUAUCCCACCCUGACGAAGACAACGUUCUCUGUGUACUACAAGACCGUGUUUAACGAGCUUGUCACCUGUAUCAAGAACAUACACCCAGGGAAACAGAGAGAGGACAGGGAUGCGAAAUUAGACAAACUUUUGAAAUGGAACCAAGCUGUGAGAAUUCUUCACAUAAUGGUCAAUUUGAUGAAGGCCUUUGACGGUCGAGGUAAUCUUGGAGCAGCAUUAAAGUGUGGUCGUCAGUUUAUUGAGGUUUUUCUGAGACAAGGCAUGCCACUCCUUGACACCAUGUUCAGAUCCAACCGAGAAGAUGUACAGGGACUGCUCAAAAAUCUGCAGCUCAGCACGCGAGUUCUCCAUCACAUGUGUGGCCACUCCAAGAUUAUAAAAGACAUUGCGUUAACGAAUCAAGUUCCCUUCUUGAAGAAGUGCCUGGAGGCCUUUGUGUAUAGAGUAAAAGCCAUGUUGACGAUGAACAGAUGCUUAGAGGCCUUCUGGCUAGGGAACCUCAAAAACCGAGAUUUACACGGAGAAGAAAUCCUGUCUCAGGCAUCAACCACUGCUAAUUCGACAGUUGGAGACGUUGAGGAGAAUGAGGAGGAGGAGGAGGAAUCUGACGGAGAGGAGAGUGACGUGGAGGUAGAUAGUGUUGCGUCUGAUGAAUCACAAAGUGUGCAGUACUGAAGAAAACACAAGGACACUGUGAAAAUAACUUAUAUAGAUAGUUACCGUGGAGGUGGCAGAGUGACAGACUCAUGAGACAAGAAAAGUUUUUAUAGAACUGUACAUGACAUCUGCUGAAUUGGAAAUGGAAGAGGAAAUAUAUAGUUUGGAACUGUCAACAGAAAUGGGAGCAUUAGAUAUACAUGUACUGUAGACAAUGGGACAUUUAAUUUAUUCGGGACACUAAUACACAGUAAAUGCUGGUAUGCACUACAUGUAAUUUCUAGACCAGUGUUGAAUUUUGUUGUUAUUGUGUCAUUUACCGUAUUGUUAUAAAUUAUAUGAUUGUAUUGCAUGAUUAAUAAACAAGAAUGCGGGAAA